GUGUGGCACGUUUAGAACUCGUGACUCUCGGUCUAUAGUUGUGUAAAAUAGUUCAAAUCUCGUGAUGUCACGAUAUUGAUCGUUGCUAUCUCGGAUUCGUGUUAUAUAUCGUGUUUUUCACUUUGACUCACGAUAUUAUCUUCGAAUCUCGUUGAGUUCGCAUCGUGGAGUCCUCUUCUUUCUUACGAACGCGGAACUUACCUAAAACGAUUUUUCAUUCCAAUAGUAAAUUCUCCAUCUUCUAAGAUGGGUUCGCUUUUUCGAAGUGAAGAAAUGACCUUGUGUCAACUCUUCUUACAAAGCGAAGCUGCCUACGCUUGUGUCUCCGAACUCGGCGAACUUGGCCUUGUCCAAUUUCGAGAUCUUAACCCAGAUGUUAACGCAUUUCAACGAAAAUUCGUUAACGAAGUACGUCGUUGCGAUGAAAUGGAACGAAAAUUACGAUAUCUUGAGAAGGAAAUCAAAAAAGAUGGAAUACCAAUGCUUGAUACUGGUGAGAAUCCUGAAGCUCCACAACCUCGUGAAAUGAUUGAUUUAGAAGCUACAUUUGAAAAGUUGGAAAAUGAACUGCGAGAAGUCAAUCAAAAUGCUGAAGCUCUGAAACGUAACUUCUUAGAAUUGACUGAGCUAAAGCACAUAUUAAGAAAAACUCAAGUCUUCUUUGAUGAGGGCAAGAGAGGGGUGACAUGUGUCUGUUGCCAGGCUGAGAAUGGAGGUGUCGUAUCGCAGAUGGCAGAUCCAAGUCGUGAGGAAGAGCAAGUCACUCUCUUGGGUGAAGAGGGCCUCCGCGCCGGCGGCCAGGCUCUCAAGCUCGGUUUCGUUGCUGGAGUUAUACUACGUGAACGCAUUCCUGCAUUCGAACGCAUGCUAUGGCGUGCAUGUCGUGGAAAUGUAUUUUUACGUCAAGCUGAAAUUGAAACACCCUUGGAAGACCCUUCAACGGGAGACCAAGUCUUUAAAUCGGUGUUUAUUAUAUUCUUCCAAGGUGAUCAAUUAAAGACACGAGUUAAGAAAAUUUGCGAAGGUUUUAGGGCAACUUUGUAUCCAUGUCCUGAAGCACCAGCAGAUCGACGGGAAAUGGCUAUGGGAGUAAUGACACGUAUUGAAGAUUUAAAUACGGUACUUGGUCAAACUCAAGAUCAUCGUCAUCGUGUCUUGGUAGCUGCAGCGAAAAAUAUCAAAAAUUGGUUUGUCAAAGUUCGGAAAAUAAAAGCAAUUUAUCAUACAUUAAAUUUAUUCAAUUUAGAUGUUACUCAGAAAUGUUUGAUAGCGGAAUGUUGGGUACCUGUAUUAGAUAUCGAGACGAUUCAACUUGCCUUACGUCGUGGAACGGAACGUAGCGGUAGUUCUGUAUCUCCUAUUCUAAAUCGUAUGGAAACAUUCGAAGAUCCGCCGACUUACAAUCGUACAAAUAAAUUUACUAAAGGUUUUCAAGCUUUAAUUGAUGCAUAUGGAGUUGCAUCUUACAGAGAAAUGAAUCCUGCACCAUAUACGAUAAUUACUUUCCCAUUUUUAUUCGCUGUCAUGUUUGGUGAUCUCGGACAUGGAUUGAUCAUGUUUCUAUUUGGUGGAUGGAUGGUGCUAAAGGAGAAACCAUUAGCAGCUAAAAAAUCUGACAAUGAAAUAUGGAAUAUCUUUUUUGGUGGCAGAUACAUUGUUUUCUUAAUGGGAUUAUUUUCGAUGUACACAGGAUUUAUAUACAACGACGUAUUUUCUAAAUCUUUAAAUAUUUUCGGAUCACAUUGGAAUAUCACUUAUAAUUUCACGACCGUUCACUCGAAUAGAGCUUUACAAUUAAAUCCAAAUACAACGGAAUACGAACAGAAUCCUUACCCAAUUGGUCUGGAUCCUGUAUGGCAAUUAGCCGAAAAUAAAAUUAUAUUUUUAAAUUCCUAUAAAAUGAAGAUUUCAAUAAUCUUUGGUGUAUUACAUAUGUUGUUUGGUGUUAUUGUUGGACUAUGGAAUCAUUUGUACUUCAAAAAGAGGAUAAAUAUUACUUGCGAAUUUAUUCCUCAGAUUAUAUUUUUAAUAGUACUUUUCUUGUACAUGGUUGUACUCAUGUUUAUUAAAUGGAUAAAAUAUCAUGCAACCUUAUCAUCAGAAAUUCGUCCUAGUCCUUAUUGCGCACCAUCAGUAUUAAUAACAUUUAUCAACAUGGUACUCUUCAAUAAACCUGUACAAUUAAAAGGUUGUGACAAAUGGAUGUAUGCCGGUCAAGAUGGAUUCCAGAAAUUUUUAGUCGUCGUAGCUGUCAUUUGCAUUCCAUGGAUGUUAUUAGCUAAGCCAAUUACAUUAAUGCGUAAUGCAAAGAAACAACAUUAUCAAUUAAAUAAUCAUGGUGCCGAAAAUGGUGACGUAGAUGGUAGUGUUGGUGCGGUGCAACCAACAGGAGGUGUUCAAGGUAAUCAUAAAGAAGAACAAGAAGAUAUGACUGAAGUAUUUAUACACCAAGGCAUUCAUACUAUCGAAUAUGUACUUGGUAGCGUCUCCCAUACUGCAUCAUAUUUACGUUUGUGGGCUUUAUCUCUUGCUCAUGCACAACUCUCAGAAGUAUUAUGGGCUAUGGUAAUGAGGAAUGGAUUGACCUGGGAAGGUUGGGUUGGUGGUAUUAUCCUUUGGAUAAUAUUCGCAUUUUGGGCUGUUUUGACUGUUGGUAUUUUAGUUCUGAUGGAAGGACUUUCAGCUUUCUUACAUACUCUUCGUCUCCAUUGGGUGGAAUUUCAAAGCAAGUUUUACGCUGGUUUGGGUUAUAGUUUCCAACCAUUUUCGUUUGAAAUUAUAUUAGAUGCCGCUCAAUCGACUGCCGAGGAUUAAGGGCAUUAAUUGAAAUAAUUAAAACGUUAUAAAUGACAUAGAAAACAAACGUCUAUAUUUCCAGACUAUAAAGCAAUAUAUAAAAGAAACUUGUAAUGUAAUCAUUGUUUCGAAUAAUUUCAGUUUUAAGUGUUUAUCAUUGAAGGUGUAUUUUAUUAACGUAUGUUUUAGCAAAAAGUACGAUAAUAAUAUUGAAUACAAAAAUUAAAAAAAAAGAAACAUUUUACAGUAGAUUGUAAAACUAUUUAUAGAUAUAGACAGGAAACAUCAUUAGUAUGUCAAUAAUAUCUCUCUUAUCAUAGAUGUAUGAGUUAGUUAUCAUGGAAUCAAUGAAUCUAAAACGUGCUGUUGUACAAAUACUUGUUAUAUAUAUAUAACACAUAAUUUAAAAGUUAAUUAAAAAAAUUCUCUAUAACAAAAAGCAUGCAAUUAAUACACAGUUCGUUAUAAUUUAAUCUUAAAAUAGAUUAUACUUUUAAUGAAAAAUUCGCCAAUGUAUAUUAUAUUUAACUUUCAAAAGAAUGUAUGUAAUGUGCUAUAAUUAAUAGGCUACAAAAUACAUAUUUCACGGCAUA